AUGGUGAAGUUCAACCAGCGCUUCGACUUCUACGAGCUCUUAGGCAUCGAACCGGAAGACCUCUUAGACCUCGACCUCGAUGACGCAGAACGCUAUGUCGAAAAGGCUUACAAAGAAACGGCGAGGAGAAUCCACCCGGACAAAGUCAGAGUCGCCGGCCUGAGCGAAGCCGAAGCCCAAGAGAAACAAGACGAAGCCACCGCAAAGUUCCAAGAGCUCCAAAAGGCCUACAACGUCAUCAAAGACCCCAUGCAGAGAGCCGACUAUGACUUGUACCGCAAGAAAAACUUCACCCCGGAAACUUUCAAACCCAACCUCGUGCCCACCGAGGGCCUCAGAUUCUCCGGCUACUCCAACGAGGGCCGGGGAUUCUUCAAGGUCUACGGUGACGUUUUUGAGAAGAUAUACGCCAACGAGGUUGCUUUUCAAGAGGAGAAGAAGUUGCCGCCGGAUUCGGUGAUCAAGCCGCCGGAGAUAGGGGACGAGCACAGACCCUAUCCGGCGGUGGUGCAGUUCUACAACUACUGGCUCAACUUUGGGACCAUAAUGGACUUCACGUGGGAGGAGCCACACGACGAGUACGACUUGGCGGCGGCGCCUACCAAGAAGGGAGUGGCGGUGAUGCGGAGGAAGAACAUAAAGGCCAGGAAGAGGGCUAAGAAUGAGUAUAAUAAUAAAGUGAGGAGGUUGGCGCAGAAUGUGAAGAGGAGGGACAUUAGGCCGGAGUGGACGAAGCCUGUGGAGAGGAAGAGGAAGUAUGGUGUGGAGGAGAAGGAGGAAGAGGAGAGGGAGGAAUGGGAGUGCGUGGUGUGUAGGAAGGAGUUUAAGAGCGAGAAGCAGUGCUUGAAUCACGAGAUGUCGAAGAAGCAUAGGGAUAUGGUAGCAGUGUUGAUGGGGUUGAAGCACCGCGAUUUGGUUGAGGAGGUCUUGGAGUUGAUGGAGGAGGAGGGAGAUGAGGAUAAGGAACUUGAGCAUGAUGGUGUAGAUGAGGUUUUGGAGGGAGAAGGUGAAGAAGAAAAGGAGAGUGAGAGUGAAGAUGAGGUAUCCGAAUGUGUUGAUGAAAAUCCGAAAGAAGAAGUUGUUGAUGGUGAUGAAGAGGAAGAAGAGAAUAAGGAGGAUGAUGAGAUGGAAGUUCUUGAAGCAAUGGUGGCUAGGCGAAAAACUAGUGUAAAAGUUGGUGAACCAAUUUUUGAGCCCAUGGCAACCAUCAUUGUUGUAGAGGAGGAUGAGGUGGAUAUGGAGCACGAGGAGACAAAGAACAUGGAUAAGAAUGGAGGAGAGAAGAAACAGAGGAGGAGGAGGAGUGUGAAGAGUACUAGAAUCAAUGAACAUGAUGAUAAGAAGGAAUCAAAAUCGGAUUCUAGUGCGGAAUCUUGCGUUGACAAUGGGAGUGAAGAUGAGCAGAAGAGAAAGAAGGGAGGGAAGAAAGAGAAGAGGAGUAAAAGGAAUACCAAAAGUAAUGGUGAGAAUGAGGAUUCUGGUGUAAAGAAUUCCAAGUCUAGUAAUAGGAUAAGGUAUGCAGGGAAGAAGAGUAGAGGUGAUUUUACCAAACAUUAA